UGCUAGUGGAACAGUAAAGACAAGCUAAGUAAAGAUGAGUACCGUCAGGACAGAGAACCCAGUGAUUUUGGGCUUGUCAAACCAGAAUGGACAGCUCAGGGGCUCAGUGAAGCCUGCUGGGACGCCAGGUGGUGGAGGAGGAGGUGGAGGCCCUCAACAACAGCAACUUAACCAGAUAAAAGGCGCAAUCAACAAUGGUAACUCCCAGCCGGCCCCAACAACUAAUGCUGUCAUCAAGCCUGGAGAUGACUGGAAGAAAAAUUUAAAAUUGCCCCCAAAAGACAUGAGGAUGAAAACUUCGGAUGUGACUGCAACUAAAGGCAAUGAGUUUGAAGAUUAUUGCCUAAAGAGGGAGCUGCUCAUGGGAAUCUUCGAGAUGGGCUGGGAAAAGCCAUCUCCAAUUCAGGAGGAAAGCAUUCCCAUUGCACUGUCAGGAAGGGAUAUCUUGGCAAGAGCCAAGAACGGCACGGGAAAGAGUGGAGCCUACCUCAUUCCCUUACUUGAACGCAUUGACCUGAAGAAGGACUGCAUACAAGCUUUGGUCAUAGUGCCCACCAGAGAACUGGCUCUCCAAGUAAGCCAAAUAUGUAUCCAGGUCAGCAAACACAUGGGUGGAGUGAAGGUCAUGGCAACCACAGGUGGAACCAACCUACGUGAUGACAUCAUGAGACUUGAUGAAACAGUUCAUGUGGUCAUUGCCACUCCUGGGAGAAUUUUAGACCUCAUCAAAAAAGGGGUGGCCAAAGUCAAUCAAGUGCAGAUGAUCGUUCUGGAUGAAGCUGACAAGCUCCUGUCUCAGGACUUUGUGGUGAUGAUGGAGGAGAUACUGGGCUUUCUGGCCAAACAGAGGCAGAUCCUGCUUUAUUCUGCUACCUUCCCUCUCAGCGUGCAGAAGUUUAUGAGUGCGCACUUGCAGAAACCCUAUGAGAUCAACCUGAUGGAGGAGCUAACGCUGAAGGGUGUGACUCAGUAUUACGCUUAUGUAACUGAAAGGCAAAAGGUCCAUUGCCUUAACACCUUGUUCUCCAGGCUCCAGAUAAACCAGUCUAUAAUCUUCUGCAACUCCUCUCAGAGAGUGGAGCUCCUUGCCAAGAAGAUCUCCCAGCUUGGUUAUUCAUGUUUCUACAUUCAUGCCAAGAUGAGACAGGAGCAUCGUAACCGUGUGUUCCACGACUUCAGAAACGGCCUCUGCAGGAAUCUUGUCUGCACUGACCUCUUUACAAGAGGAAUUGACAUUCAAGCUGUGAAUGUUGUGAUCAAUUUCGACUUUCCCAAGCUGGGAGAAACAUACCUUCAUCGCAUUGGUAGAUCUGGACGUUUUGGACACUUGGGGCUCGCCAUCAACCUCAUCACUUACGAUGAUCGCUUCAACCUGAAAGGGAUCGAGGAGCAGCUUGGAACAGAGAUCAAGCCCAUCCCUGGCAUCAUUGACAAGAGCCUUUAUGUGGCAGAGUACCACAGUGAGAGUGGUGAAGAAGUCAAGCCAUGAGCCAAUCAGUCCAUCCUCCCUUCCCCUUUGUACCUUUUUUCAUCCCCCCUGUCCUGGAGUUCUUUUUUCUUUUUUUCUUUUCUUUUCUUUUUUUUUUUUUUUAAAUGUACAGUUUCUGUCUUCCUUUUUUGGAUGCCACCAUAAGGAAUGUGUAUUUUGAUGGACGCGUUUUUGGAAGAACUCAUUUGCCCUUUCAUUGGGCUCCGUGCUGCACCACCACACACUGAAGACGUGAGCACCUGGAGGAAAGCAUGGGACCAAGUUGAGAAUAUAUCAAUGCACAUCGUGACGAUUCAUAUCCACCAGUGACACGAAGCCAGCACAGACGGACCGCAACAUGACACCCUCCAUUCUUCACCUUUUAUUUUAGAAGUUUUAACCAAUUUGUAUCAAGUGCCUUAACAAGCAGUUCAACUCGUUCUAAAGUAAUAACCCGUCAUUAUCCACCAUCUUGAUCACUUCAUACCACACACACACACACUCACUCACGUUCACCUUAUUGAAAAUUUGUCUCACUAAUUUAAUGUCCGACCACAUAGGUGAAUUCAUAACUGUUUUUGGUUUUGGUCAUCCAUUUACAAGGAAUGGAGAUCAUUAAGAGGGGAGGCUGGUCUGAAUGAUCCUGUUGCUGGCUAAGCUGCACUUCUGUCUGGCUGACAAAUGAGGACAAACUUGGACAUCCAUGGACAGAGAUGCUGGAUUUUUUUCCAAGAGACAGCCAGACUGUCCAGUUGCUUGUGAAGAAGCGUGUGCUUCUAAAAGACCCAGACCCUUUCCUCUGUCUUCAGCAUCAAAACACUAAAAAUGAAUAAGCAGCCUGUCAACACCAUGAGUCAUGAGGAUUCCUGUAUCGGUGGAGUUUAAUUGUAGGGAAGGUUUUUUUUUUUUUUUUUUUCCUUUUAUGUCCUGUGUUUCACUUUCCUAUGGAUGGCCAUACUUAAUUCUGCGAGAUGUGCAGCCAACAUGUGGGCCGCACCUUACACCUUGUGUAUAUACCUUCAUUUUAAGAUUGUUUUAAACAAGUUCAAAAGGCUGGCUGACAAACUGAAAAGCUUUUUCCCCCCUUCUCUUGUUAGCACUGGAGAUUGUUUCCUUAAUUGCCAGUUUGUUUGAUCUGCAAUAUUGGCCUGUGAAUUUAUUUAUAAUUUUAGAAAUUGCAGAAUUUAUUAGAAUCUGAAACAUUUGAAUGACUUUGUGCAUGGGAUGUUUUUGGAGGCAGAGUUCAUCACUGAUAAUAUUUUAGCCCCUCCAAAUUUGAUGAUGAGUGCAAUUGUUCAAAGCUGCACUUAAAAACGAUAUUGUUUAAAUUGUUGCCCGUAUUCUCGUGCUACCAGUGUUAACAAGUGUUCAGUCUAGACAGAUGGCUUUGUUAAGCUUGUGCAUUGGAGUCAUGAAUUCUUUGUUGUCACCAGCCUUAACUUGUGAAAUUGACUCUUGAGACGCACUCAAAGAUCUCCAGUUACAGUGAGUGUUGUUGUCGGAAGAGAAAAUAAUAUUCUAUCAUGUAGUAGUACUACUCGCUGCAGUGCAGCUGAAUUGGCAGAGGAUUUGUUUUGCUGGGGGAGGUUAGCUGUUACGUUGAUCCACGUGCUCUUUAAGCACAGCUACAUUAGUUCACAAAUGUUGAGGAGAAAGCUGUGGAUUUAUUUUCCCCCCUUUUUUUGAAGAAUGUCGGCCGAAUGCAUCAAAACUAACCAUCUGACCUAAAAUGUAGCAGGAAUUCAUUCUCUGUGCAUUGCAAGUUGGCUGGCUUCACUAAGAGCAGCUGAUAAAAGAUGCCUCACUUAAAACAACCUGAGCAGGUUGGGCUGCACUUAACACACAGAGAUGGGUUCAUGCAAUAACACUGACUGCACUGCUUUUUGUACACUCAUGAUGCCCAAAUGAAAAAAGAAGUGUAGGGUGGUGCAGAAUAUUCAUUAAAAAAAAAAUUGGCUUGGAGGGGGAAUGGGCAUGAAGGAUUACAAAAUGACUGCUUGUUUAAAACAAAAAAAAAGAAACGGGCACCUCAGCCUGCUGAGUUUUUGGCUUCUAUCUCUGCCCGUUAUUGCUUUGAUAUUUUGGGUUUGGGGUUACAGUUGCUUUUUUUUUUUCUUUUCUUUUCUUUUUGUUUUUUUGCAUUUUAUGCAAAUUUGAAAACCUUUUUCUGCAUUAAGGUUUCUGAACAUUUGUUCAGAUCAAACCUUUUUGCAAAUGAGGUUCCCUUUGUUAUGGUGAGAUGCUUUCUGACUGUUCUAAUCAAUGAGAAUUAUUAUUGCACAUUUAAUUUAAACUCUUUUUAAAAGAAAACUGUGACGAUAUUGAUCAGUUUGAGAUGACAUUUUAUUUCUCAUUGGUUAGGACUGAGAUCCCUGUUCACUCGGCUCUAUUGUUGGCCCCUAAAUACUUGCACAUGUAAUUUGGCUCAUUGUUUGGGGGGGUGGGAGGGUUAUAUUUGUUAAAAAAAUCCAAAUUGAAUAAAGCAUUAGCUGAUUGAACAGGGAUCUAACCGUGCAGACACUUGGCAGCUGUCUGCUUCUUGUCAGUCCACCGGCAGUAAUCGCCACAGCGAACGUUUUCAAGGAUGAAUCCAACGAUCCUACAAGAUCGAGUGCGUUGCUACGUUUUAAUGGGAUGUUGCUUUACUGCCAGUGGCUGCCAUUUUGAGAACCUUAAAGACUGAGACAAGAGCAUCUUGCCCCAGAUCGGGUCACUAAUUGGAUAGUUUGUUGAACAAAAUUGUCUCAUUCUUUAAGGUGAUUUUUAAAUUUGUGGGGUGGUUUAAUUAGUGCUCUUGCUGCCCUGAUGCACAUGUUCAUCCUCUCUCAAUAGCGAUGACACAUUUAUGAUAACACAGCUUUUGUGUACAAUUUGGCCGUCCUAUCGUUUGUCUGUUGAGGAGGAUGUGAGAGGAGUCAAUUAUCGAUUUCUUUUAAAACAGAUGCAUCAGUUCAAAGAAAACACGGGGAGGAGCCUUCGGGCGUUAAAGAAACAGGAUGACAUGAUCUAAAGAUCCAAAGUGUUGGUAACGGGUACAAAAAAAAAAGGUUCGAAAAAGUUGCCCUUAAAUUUGGAAUUUUUCUUUCAAAUGAGAUGUUCAUGUGGAGUUCACAUUAUUUAAAAAGUCUCCAAAUUUAAGUGAAGAAUUUAAAGCCUGAGUUCAUUUUUUUAAAAAACUUUAUUUGAUGAACAAAUUGGUCGUUAUUUAAUUGGCAGAAUUUUCAGUGCAGCUUAUUUUACACUGGUCUUGAGUUUAAAAGGAUGUCAUCAAUAUUAUUGGAUAAAAUUUGAAAGUUUUGUUGAAAUAAAGCUCACUGAAAUUUA